AACGCUUCUUUUAUUCUCUCUCUUCUCUCCUUUCUCGCAAACAAGUGUUCCAAAAUCCAAACACACACUCUCUCCCCCAUGGCGUUGAACAAUGGCGUCCCCGCCACUGGCACCGGCCUCAUCGUUAGCUUCGGCGAGAUGCUCAUCGACUUCGUCCCCACCGUCUCCGGCGUGUCCCUGGCCGAGGCCCCUGGCUUCCUCAAGGCCCCCGGCGGCGCCCCAGCCAACGUCGCCAUCGCCGUGGCGCGACUCGGCGGCAAAGCCGCCUUCGUCGGCAAACUCGGGGACGACGAGUUCGGCCACAUGCUCGCCGGAAUCCUCAAGGAGAACGGUGUCCGCGCCGACGGCAUCACCUUCGACCAGGGUGCACGCACCGCGCUGGCCUUCGUGACCCUACGCGCCGACGGGGAGCGUGAGUUCAUGUUCUACCGGAACCCCAGCGCCGACAUGCUCCUCAAGCCCGAAGAACUCAACCUCGAACUCAUCAGAUCUGCAAAAGUUUUCCAUUAUGGAUCAAUAAGUUUGAUCGUGGAGCCAUGCAGAUCAGCACACUUGAAGGCAAUGGAAGUUGCCAAGGAAGCUGGGUGCCUGCUCUCCUAUGACCCCAACCUUCGGCUACCAUUGUGGCCUUCGCCUGAGGAAGCUCGUAAGCAAAUACUCAGCAUUUGGGAGAAGGCUGAUUUGAUCAAGGUCAGUGAUGUGGAGCUUGAGUUCCUCACCGGAAGUGACAAGAUUGAUGAUGAAUCUGCUUUGUCAUUGUGGCACCCCAAUUUGAAGUUGCUCCUUGUCACUCUUGGAGAACAUGGUUCCAGAUACUACACCGAGAAUUUCAAAGGAUCAGUAGAUGCUUUUCAUGUUAAUACAGUUGAUACAACUGGUGCCGGUGAUUCCUUUGUUGGUGCUCUAUUGUCCAAGAUUGUCGAUGAUCAGUCCAUUCUUGAAGAUGAACCAAGGUUAAGAGAAGUACUCAAGUAUGCAAAUGCAUGUGGAGCAAUUACAACUACCCAAAAGGGAGCAAUUCCCGCCCUUCCCAAAGAGGAGGAUGCACUGAAACUGAUCAAAGGCGCAUAGAAUCUUUUGACAAAAAUGCUAGCAUGAUUUCGUUUUCUUCCUCUAAUGUUUCAAUUUUCCGUUGGAUUUGCUUGCUAUCAAUUUAGGAGGGAAUGCCUCUUGAUUUUCUUUGGUAUUUUUUGUUUUUUUUUCUCCUAUGCACUGUUUUCAGGUUUUACCAAAAUAACGCUUUCUUUCAAAUUUUGAGAUUGGCGAUUGAAUGAAAAUUUGAAUUGUAAGCUCGGCCCAUAGUUGCAACUUAAA